GUCCAACACGAUGCCGAAUGGAACUACAGGUCCCAUAACGGCGGGGGGAGGCGGCGCCAUUUUGAGAGCGAGGGCUGACGGGGCUGCGUUGCGCCGUGCUCGCCGAGGCGGCGGGGCCGGGCCGCUGCCCUGAGAUGCUUCAUGCUGAAAGUAGCAUAAGGCUCUUGGAGUGUCAUGAUGAAAUCACGAUUGAACCAUGUUCUAAAAAAAUGAAGUCAACAGAAGGGGCUUACGGGAAGAUGUCUAAUGAUGGUAACCAAGGUAUUCAAGAGGAAGUGGACACUGAGAGAAUGUCAAAUGGUUUAAUAUCAGUGCAUGCCUCAGAUAACCAAGGGCAAUACGAAAUGCAGAAGCAAGAGGAAAUACCUGCUGGUGUAUCAGGAACACUGAAGGAAAUUCUCCCUGAAUAUAAUCUAGUGCUUGGACAGCCAGUUGAUUCAGAAACUGUGCAGAACGUAAAUUCUCCAUUUGCAUCAAUAAAUGACGCUGAAGUCAAAGAAAAAAAAGGUCAUUUUAUUAAAAAUAAUAUUGGUGAAGAUAAUAUUAGAAAUGGCAGUGCAUCAUUCUCAGUAAAUAGAAAUGCAUCAGAUGAGGAUUUUUUUACAAGCAAAGAAUUUAUUGGACCUAUUUACAAGCCUGCCGAAACUAACAAACAGGAUGAAGAUGGCAGUUGUAGUGAACAUAAAAACAACGAGGGAGAUCAGAAUGAACUGCAUGAAAAGAGAGCUGAAAGAAAGGAGACAAAUAAGAUGCAGAUAACUUCUUCUACUGUACCAGAAAUAGAUGAUGAACUGGACCAAUUCUAUAAAGAAAUAAACCAGCUGGAAAAUGAAAAUUUGCACACUAAUUUUGCAGAAAAAGAAACUGAAACUUCUCAGGAACAAUGCUCUCCAUAUAACUGUAGUCAAACCUCACAAGAGGAUUAUCAGCAUGCGUUGUUGGGCAGCCCACAACCAUUUUGUGAGAAUGGACAGCGUUCCUUUGGGGAACAGAACAGUCAGAAGACAAGCAACAAGCAGCAGUUUGUCGUGGAAACAAGUGUCUGGAAAACUGAAGAUACCUUUAAUGGACAAGUAGAUUCUAAAUACUGGAACUACUCGGUGCCUGAAUUCAGACCUGCUUGGCAGUCAACAGACUCUUUCAUAGUGCCUCAGGGACCUCAUCCUCCUAGAUUCAGCAACCAUCAAUCGCAUUUUCAGAUACUUAAUACCCAACCACAAGAAACACAUACUCUCCCUUCUGAGAAUGGUGAACUUUCUUACAAAAAUUAUCAUGGUUUCCAUGGAAAUACUGAUAUCAACAGUCACAGUCCUUUGCUUGAUCAAAGUACCAACUAUGCUGGUCAUAUUGACAUUCAUACUACUCAGGUCUUCAGAAAUGGAAAUAAUGACCAGUAUGAACUCCAAAAUAAUGACCAGAAUGAACCCCAGAAUAAUGGUUUCUGUGAAACCAGAAAAGAGUGUUGGAAGGAUCCAAAAGCUGAUAGUACAGAAGGAAUGGACAGCUUUUCUUCCUUGCAGUUACCUGAAGAAAGAUUUGGUUAUUCACAGAAAUUCCUCCUAAUCUUAAGAGGCCUGCCUGGUUCAGGAAAAUCAACACUUUCUCGUAUUCUGCUUGGUCAAAGUCGUGAUGGCAUUGUAUUCAGCACCGAUGAUUAUUUUCGCCAACAAGAUGGAUAUACAUAUAAUGCUACUCAGCUUGGUGAUGCCCAUGAUUGGAACCAGAAAAGAGCAAAGCAAGCAAUGGAGCAGGGGAAAUCUCCAGUUAUAAUAGACAACACUAAUACUCAAGCCUGGGAAAUGAAGCCGUAUGUGGAAGUGGCUCUGGAAAAGGGAUACAGAGUGGAGUUCCAUGAGCCAGAUACUUGGUGGAAGUUUGAUCCUGAAGAAUUAGAGAAGAGGAAUAAACAUGGGGUCACUCGUGAGAAGAUUGCUCAGAUGUUGGAACGAUACGAAUAUCAAAUAUCCAUACCUAUUGUCAUGAAUUCAGUGGCACCUCCCCACAAAAACACACAAAGGCCACCUGCACAGCGAAGACAUAGGUGGGGAGGCAAUACAGACUUAUGGAAUUAUUUCAGUAUUUCCAGUAGCCGAUAACACAGUUUCAGUCAGUGAAUAAAACUCUGUUACUUGCCCUUUAAAACACAUCAUCAGCUCCUGUAAAGUAGUGGAUCUUCUGUGUUUUAAGUAGGCCUAUUUCAAGACCAUUUUCUUCUGGAGGUUGUUCCUUUAACAGACUUGCAUGUAAAUAAAAUUGUACAUUAAAUGUUUUUUUAAACUAUAUUUAUUACAGUUGUAAUAACUUUGAUUUAGUAAAAUAUUUAAUAUAGUAUGACAUAUAGCAGUCUUCCUUCAUAAAUGUAAGACAGUGAUAUUGUCAUGUAACAAGUAACUGUUGAGCAGUUUUUUUUAAAGAGGAGGUCAUAUCAGGUAUCUUUUAAAAGAGAACUCAAGCCACAGAAGAAGAGGUUAUUUAUGUAAUAACCAUUUUUAACGAUUGCUGUUUAGCCUCCUUAUCUUUUAUGAGAUUUUUUUUUUAAAAAAACAAUAUGUCCUGGAUUGUCCUUCCGUUCUGUUUGGCAUGUAUUGCCAGCUGGAAAAUUUUGGCAUGUAUUUUCUGGUAUGG